GUAAACAUCCUUCCUUAGACAAUGUUGCUUUAACCUCUAAAUAGACUACUCUACAUUAUUAUCAAUUAUUUUCUCACAAAUAACAACUAAUGAACAAUUUGUUAUAAUUUUAUGUGUUUUCUUAUACCAGAAAAGCUUAUGAAGGUUCAUUAUUCAAGAUUACAAAAUGGAGUCGAAAAAAUCCACACCAGACUCCUGCGACAACUGUAAUAAACCUUUUGAGAAGAAGAAAAAUAAGCGAAUAACGAUACGAAGAGAAAUCGAUCCAGUCAGCAAUAAACUUCUAAGAUUAUGCAACAGUUGUGGUUUGCGGAUUUUCAGAGCUAGAUGGCGAGUGAAGAAAGAAAGGGUAAAUAUGGCAAAAGUGGUCACCCAGGAUGAAAAAGAUAAUUACAAAUUAGAAGUUGAGGAAUUCUCGAAACUGGUGAAUGAAAUCGUUAAUGAUGAAGAGAUUUCCCGACGUUUAGGUUGCCCCGUUGCUACGCCCAAAAUCUGCCGAUGUAUUCAACGUUAUCUCACCAUGGAUAACAAGUUUUCAGGUGACCUGAGGACUUGUACCUUAAGUCUGGCCAGAACCAAAGAAUUACAAGAGCUGUGUAAAUCCGCGAAAGAUUUAAUACAAACUAGAGAAGUCGGUUCAUCAGAUAGUAUGGAGGAGAAGAAGAGUGUAAGCAGUAGACCAAAACUGAGAAGUAAAGACUACGAGGAGUAUGUGUUUGCUAACAGAAAUCGACUGAAAGAGGAAUGUUCGCUGUGUGAACGGGGUUGCCAGAGGGUGCUCUGCUACUCCAACAAUUUCCUGCAUAAACAACUCAAAUCAAACUCCAAAAAUGAAGCCCGUGUCGUGGGGAAGCACUCCAACUUACUUCCUCUAUCCCAACUGUCGGACUACAAGUGUUGUAAGCAGCGUUGCACCGGUAUGGCAGCAGGCAAGUCGGACUGGCACCAGUUGGUGUUUACAUGGCGCAAGCGUGCACUUGCAUGCCAGCGCGAGGCCAGGCAAGUGCUGGCCGAAAUGUGUCGGCCGGCCGGCAACCGAACUACCAACUGUCGCCAGUUCAUCAAGCAAGUUACAGGCUGCAGCGAUGGUCUGUUGGCCAAAGUGAGGAAGGAACUGAAACAAUCGCUGGGGUUUCGAGAACCGCCCGAACACGGAUUGAAAGAAUAUUGGCGUCAGAAGAAAAUCAAGGCAGCUUCUAAGCGUGGACCUGCUAAAGAAGUAAAUACUAGAGUUGCAACAAAACUGAAUGAAGUUGUAAAAGAAAGUAGAAUAGAAGUUUUGAAAGGAGGCACCAAAGUUAUGGCAGGAAGUACCAGACUAGUUACGACAAAUACUAGAAUUAUUGCUGGUAAUACUAAAGCUAUUGGAGGAAAUGAUGGACUUGUUAGAACAAAUUCGACUUUGCCUCAUCUGAAAAACCUUGAGGCUACUCCCGACAUAGCAAAUUCCUUGAGAGGAGCUUCUACUAGCAAAAACUUGCAACCUUGUGAUAAGAUAAAUAAAUCUGAAACUGCAAGUAGGAUUACUACUUCAACAAGUAAAUACUCAACUGAUAGAGUUUUCACCAGAGCUAACGAAGCAUCCAGCAGGCAAACUCCAACACCUGUAGUCAGCGAAAAUCUAAAAACAGCUGAUACCGAUCCAAAAACUGAUCAAACAGCUGAUUCUAAUCAGAUUAGUCGACGGAUAACUGAUAUUGUUUCACAUGGUGGAGAAGAAACAUCAGUGGAUUCUAAUGAGAAAAGUCUAGAAAUAACUGAUUGUAGUCUAGAAACAGCUGAUUGUAGUCUAGAAACAGCUGAUUGUAGUCGAGGAUCGGUGAGUGGAAAUCAGCUGAUACUAAGUGCCUAUGAAGAUGCCGAUUCUUUGCAGGUGUCAGAAGAGGCUGAACAAAUAGAGAUUAUCAAAAUAAUUGAGGGGAACAGCUGUGACCAGUUUUCUGAUACAGAUUGUAGCCGCCUUGUCUACAUGACACCAGCUGGAAUGUCAGUAUUUGAAUUUCCCAAGUGAACUUGAUGUCAAAAAUGAAUUUUGUGGAUGAAUAAUGAAUGCUAAUUGACGUGAAUAAGUUACUAAAUCUUCUAAGCCAAGAGCCAAGAGUGAUCAAUGGUUGAACCAAUACCUGGAUAAAGGUAGGUUAUCUUUUUAAAUCCAAUAAAACUAUUAUUUGUUUCAA